AUGGCGGCCGUGGCGGGGGGCGGCGAGGCGGCCUCGGACCCCGCCCGGGCCUCUCCUCCUCCUCCUCCUCCUCCUCCUCCUCCUCCUCCUUCCUCUCCGCCGCCGCCCCCCGAGACCCUCGGCUUCUACGAGAGCGACCGCCGCCGGGACACCAGCAAGGGCCGCUCAGAACUUUCAUUGUUGAGGUUUCUCGGUGCUGAACUAACGAGAGGAUACUUCCUUGAACAUAAUGAGGCAAAGUAUACAGAGCGAAGAGAGAGAGUAUAUACAUGUUUACGAAUACCCAGAGAAUUGGAAAAGCUCAUGUUUUUUGGAAUUUUUCUGUGCCUGGAUGCUUUUCUAUAUGUGUUUACCCUACUUCCUUUGAGAGUGUUUCUGGCACUGUUCCGGUUCUUCACUUUGCCUUGUUACGGUUUAAGGGACAGGCGUUUGCUUCAGCCUGCUCAAGUGUGUGAUAUUUUGAAAGGAGUGAUAUUGGUUAUCUGCUACUUCAUGAUGCAUUAUGUUGAUUACUCUAUGAUGUAUCACUUGAUAAGAGGGCAAUCUGUCAUAAAACUAUAUAUCAUCUACAACAUGCUGGAGGUGGCUGAUCGGCUGUUUUCAUCAUUUGGACAAGAUAUUUUGGAUGCUCUUUACUGGACAGCAACUGAACCUAAGGAAAGAAAAAGAGCUCAUAUUGGUGUGAUUCCACAUUUUUUUAUGGCAGUGCUGUAUGUCUUCUUGCAUGCUAUUCUUAUAAUGGUUCAAGCAACGACUCUCAAUGUAGCCUUUAACUCCCACAACAAGUCAUUGCUUACUAUCAUGAUGUCUAAUAAUUUUGUUGAAAUAAAAGGAAGUGUUUUUAAGAAGUUUGAGAAGAACAAUCUAUUUCAAAUGUCCAACAGCGAUAUUAAAGAACGGUUCACAAACUACGUCCUCUUACUAAUAGUAUGCCUAAGAAACAUGGAACAGUUCUCUUGGAAUCCAGACCACCUCUGGGUGCUGUUCCCGGAUGUCUGCAUGGUGAUUGCAUCAGAAACUGCUGUGGACAUUGUAAAACAUGCUUUCAUUACCAAAUUCAAUGACAUAACAGCAGACGUCUACAGCGAGUACAGAGCUAGCCUUGCGUUUGACCUUGUUAGUAGCAGACAGAAAAAUGCAUAUACAGAUUACAGUGACUCUGUUGCAAGGAGGAUGGGUUUUAUUCCUCUCCCUUUGGCUGUUUUACUCAUCAGAGUUGUUACAAGCUCAAUAAAGGUACAAGGAAUUCUGUCUUAUGCCUGUGUGGUUCUCUUCUACUGUGGAUUGAUAUCUUUGAAAGUCCUCAAUAGCAUUGUGUUGCUGGGAAAGUCAUGCCAAUAUGUAAAGGAAGCCAAAAUGGAAGAAAAAUUGUUUAAUCCCCCUCCAACCUGUACCCCAGGCAAACCAUCCAAUAAACCACAGAACAAAUGUAAAACUUCCCAAGGAAUUCCCACAGAAGAGAAUUUAACUGCUUCCGUUACCAGCCAGCCUGUUCUUCAGAAGGAAAACAUCACACCGUUACUUGUGACGAGCAAUUCGGAUCAAUUUCUGACAACCCCAGAUGGGGACGAGAAAGACCUGAGCCAAGAAAACCCCGAAUUAAAACACCGAUCCUCAAAGAAAGAUUUGUUGGAGAUAGACAGAUUUACAAUUUGUGGAAACCGCAUUGACUAAAUUCUCUGAAUAUAUAUGCUUAGGAUCCUGAGCUUCGGGGUGGCAAGUGUCUGCCCCUGAGAAUGGACAGUUGCCAAAAACGGCACUUACGUAUUUAUUUAAAACCUUAAAUUAUUAAUAGCAAGGAAGUAGUCAUCUCUACAAGUAACUUGGCUUGGUUGCAGGUCAGAUCAAGUAACAACAGAGAUCUUUAAAAUUAUUUGGAAAAUUUGGUGGAUUACGAAAAUCUCUCACCCACCUGGCAGAGCUUCAGUUUCACUUUCCUGGAAAUAGACGGAAACAAAAUUAAAACCACUUUUGCUUGGUCGAACUGUGCUUCCAGAACAUAUACUGUUGUGCUUCAAGGACUCUUCGGUGUAAGGAUACGCCUGGAAAGAUGUGAAUCGCUUUACGUGAAGUUAACUUUCCAGUGCCGUACCGUUUUCAGAAGCAGUUUUCAGACUUUCACUUCAUCUGCCAAAACGUUAAAAUAAACAUUUGAUAGGUUAAACAGUAAAGUCAAGAAUGACGUUGUGUAGCACCAGAAAAACCCUUGAGGAUGUAUCCGAACUAAUCAGAAUAAAAUCAUUUCUUAAAUGAGACAGGUAAUGUGCAGUAGUGUUAUAUCCUAAAAACCUAAACCAGAGAAGAGGGCCAGAGCACACAGAGGAGGGGAAAAUUACAACAGGUUCUGUGUCACUGAGGAAUCAAGUCUCGUCAUUUUUCUCUAUACUGUUUUGCAAAGCAAGAUAGAGAGGUAUUGGUUGUGUUUUGCAGUGAAAGAACUAGAGAUUUUGUUACAGAAUGGCACAUUUUACUUGAGAGCAGGCAGUGUUAAAUUGAAAAGGUAAAGUGGUUUCACUCUGUGAAAUUGUGAAUUACCUUGUGCUAUGUGAAAAAGUUAACUUACAUUUCAUUUUAAAUCAUUUGAUUAAGAACAUUGUUGGUGACUUAGGAGAACUCCAAAGUUCCGCCAAACAGUGUUCAUGUUGGUUUUUUUUUUUUUUUUGGAAAGCAGCAAUUCUAAAGCAAGCUACCUAAAUAGGUUGAACAGCAGCCUCGUGACAUGGGUUUGGGUUUCUGCAAUACAGUGCAGCCUUCUCGUGCUUGUGUGUAUGUAUGAGUGAUAUGGAAACAGCAACAGAAAGGUCCUUUGAGUUAGACUGCGAACAAGAAUUCCAUUUUGGCUCGUUGUGUCGUCCGGACUGCAUUCCAGGAAGAGGAAUUUCCUGUCAUAUCUUGGGCAGAGACGCCAUCGUGCAUUUUCUUUUAAAGGGUUGUAACUUCUGGUUUCAAAUAAGAAGCUUUUGUUAAUGCUAAGUACUUUCCCGUGAGGUUAUUGUUUCGAUUUGAGAGGGGCGAGGCUUCAGUGCAGGUAUUUCAGGCUUAAAGAAAUACAAAAGUUAUCUCACUGGGUAAUGAAUAGUGUGUUACAGGAUAGAAGAGCCAUGGUUUAAAGCUUUAGCUUGUGCGUUUGGUAUACGAAGGUCCGUGCGGAAUAAUUGACGAUACUUUAUAAAAUAGUCUUCUUGAUACGGGAGAAAAGUGGGGAAUCUACAGAGAUGUGUUUACGAUACACCAAGAAGGACAUGAAGUUAAAUGAAGAGACUUUGAUUAUCUGAUGCGAGGAAAGCCCCUUAGCAUUAUUUGUCUUUCCUCCCUCUUCUUAUCCAUCAUCAGCUGCUGGGUUAGGAGCUAAGGUGAAUGAGAACAGUGAGAGCAGGGGGGAAUAUGACAACUGCGACCCAAUUCGGAAAGCAGCAGUUGUUUUUGGUGUGUUGAUGCUUACUCGGAUGGUGGUACCUUCAAAUUUAAUUCAGAUAUUCAGUUAACAUAAUGUCAUUUUUAAUUUUUCAGUUACUUGGCAGUUGCUCCAGGGAGUUUGGGAUGAUAUCCAUGUCUUCUGUUAAAAUGACAUUCAGUACCAAUUUUAUAAGUGCAUCUUGUGUGAAACUCAAUAAAUUCAAUUUUGUAAUCUUUUUAAA